GGGGGACACAGAAAACACUAAAUACUAAACCUGGGUUUAGACCAACAGCUUAGGUCCAACAGUGCUUGUUCAGGAGCUCUUGAAGCCGGUUUGGCCACUCCUCAGACAUUCUCUUUGAGGACAUUAUUUAUUUUGAGCUGCUGACCUAGGUACAGGCACUACAUAAAACAGACAUACAAGACGGAUUCUUCACAAAUUAAAGCAUCAUGGAGCAUAGCUCAAGGCCAGGUGGGAAGUUAAACCUCAUGAAUGGUGCCCUAGUGCAGGCCAGACCUAAACCUCAGGCAAGAGAGCAGUGGUCUAAUAAGCUGGAGUUUCUCUUGGCGGUGGCAGGGCACAUCAUUGGCCUGGGAAAUGUGUGGAGGUUUCCUUACUUGUGCUACAAGAAUGGAGGGGGUGCAUUUUUUGUGCCGUAUGUGCUGUUUCUCUUCACCUGUGGGAUUCCACUUUUCUUUUUGGAGACCUCACUCGGUCAGUUCACCAGUCAGGGUGGAAUUACGUGCUGGAGAAAGAUCUGUCCACUGUUUGAAGGUCUUGGUUAUGGUAGCCAAGUUGUUGUCCUCUAUACAGGAGUCUAUUACAUCAUAAUUCUUGCUUGGGCUUUCCUUUACCUCUUUUCAUCCUUCAGUUCAGAGCUGCCAUGGGCAAGCUGCAACAACUACUGGAACACAGAGAACUGCAAAGAGUUCAGCAAAAGCAACAUCACUAAAUAUUCUCCAGAGAAAAGCACAUCUCCUGUUAUUGAGUUUUGGGAGAGAAGAAUUUUGGGCUUGUCUGAGGGAAUAGACCAGAUUGGUAAUGUUAGAUGGGACUUGGCACUCUGCCUCCUGCUGGCCUGGAUCAUCUGCUACUUCUGUGUGUGGAAGGGAGUGAAGUCCACAGGCAAGGUGGUCUACUUCACUGCUACUUUCCCCUAUUUAAUGUUGGUCGUGCUGCUGGUCCGUGGCCUUACUCUUCCUGGAGCGAAAAAUGGCAUCACAUUCUACCUCUACCCUGAUCCAGCACGUCUCAAAGACCCACAGGUGUGGAUGGAUGCAGGUAGUCAGAUAUUUUACUCCUAUGGAGUCUGUACAGGAGUACUGACUGCUUUGGGAAGCUACAACAAAUAUGAGAACAACUGCUAUAGAGACUGUGUAUACUUGUGUCUGCUCAACAGCUUAACUAGCUUUGUGGCUGGUUUUGCUAUAUUUUCGGUCCUGGGCUUCAUGGCAGAUGAACAGGGAAUUGAUAUUUCAAUGGUUGCAGAGUCAGGUCCUGGUUUGGCUUUCAUUGCUUACCCCCGUGCUGUAGCUUUGAUGCCCCUGCCUCAGUUAUGGGCAAUCUUCUUUUUUAUCAUGAUCAUAUUCCUGGGAUUGGAUAGUGAGUUUGUGUAUCAUGAAGCCCUGGUAACUGCUAUCUCGGAUAUGUAUCCCUCCUUCUUCCAAGUUGGACACCGGCGAAAAUUUCUUCUCCUCUUCAUAAGUGCUGCCAGCUUCCUUGUUGGUCUGCUAAUGGUAACAGAGGGUGGCCUGUAUGUCUUCCAGCUUUUUGACUAUUAUGCCUGUAGUGGCAUGACUCUUCUUACCUUCGCUGUCCUUCAGUCCAUCUGUGUUGGAUGGGUAUAUGGUGCAGAUCGCCUCUAUGACAGCAUUGAGGAUAUGAUUGGAUAUCGGCCCUGGCCUUUCAUGAAGUGUUGCUGGAAAUAUUUAACACCUGCUAUAUGCACAGGAACGCUUAUCUUCUCCUUGAUUAAAUACACCCCUCUGAAGUUCAACAAUGUGUAUGAGUACCCCUGGUGGGGUUAUGCGAUUGGUGGCUUCUUCACCCUUUCCUCCACCCUACUAAUUCCACUGUGGAUGAUUUAUUCGGUUUGCACCACUCCAGGGUCUAUGCAACAGAGAGUAAGAGCUUUGUGUACUCCUGCUGAAGACCUGCCAGAUCCUAAACGCCCAAAACAGAAGCUAAACACUGUUACUUUUGAAACCUUCACAGACCUAUUGACUUUACGAACUGUUCAUACACCAAACUCAUUAUCUCACAGAGACAUUGUCUGAUUGUCCAGCAUUUCAGCGUUGCAUUUGGCCUCCUGAUCUUGUCCUCCUGUUAACCCAUUAUCAUUGGAUUGGCAUUGUGAUGCACCAGUGCCGUAACCACCAUAGACAGUGAGGGGUUAAAAUCAUCUCAAUAAUUAGAAAAUAAUUAGAAAUGGCCACAUUGUCCUGUUUGUUGUUAGGAUGACCAAAAUAUAUUUUCGUAACUUUAAAAGUUACAUUUUAAGCUUGUCUGCUUCAGCAUUCAACAGCUCUUGUCAGUGUCAAAAUGACUGAGAUGGUCAACCAAGGUUAAGUAGGAGAGGUUUACGAAAUAGAACACACAUUCCAGCAUUAAGUGCAAUGUUUUAAUGUAGGUUUAUAUAUAAAUUGGUCCCUCUAAUGUUUAAGGCUUUUUGAUGAACAUCAUGUGAUGGUUAAGUGCUGAAACGUUUUUCAAAGCAACAGUUUUUAAUUGUUCAUACAGUUAGGCCUAAAUGAUAAAGUUCAUAUGGAGAAUAAAUUCAAAUGUAUAUAUUUCUGUACAAUUGACAGGACAAGACUGGUUUGCUCUUUAUAAAUGCAUUGAAGUGGUACCUCAAAAAGGGCAGGCCUCCUGUUUUGCUUUUUUUCAGCUUUCCCUUUUAGAAUGAAGUGUGUUUGUCUGACAUGUAAAAAAAAAAAGUGUAUUAAAAGUGAAAAUUACAAAUGAGAGUAGUUAGUAUACAAAUAAAUUUUUUUAAAAUAAUUGUGUUAUUUUUAUUUUUAUGUAAAAGUUUAUUAUGCUAAAGUUAACUUUAGACAAAUUAAUGACAAAAGUUUUGGAUAAACUUUAUCAUGCAAGAUCUUCUGCUGGGUAACUAAUGACAUUACAGCAAUGACAUCGACCUAUAUAAACGUUUAAACGUAAUGUUUUAGACUACAACAGAAACAGGUUUAUCAAAAAUCAGACUUCCAAUGAACACUCAUGAACCUUCACAUUCCAAGAACACAGAGUUCAGGGAACUGUUUUUAUAUUUUGAUGGACUAGAUCUUAGCUUGUCCAAAUGUGAAUGAAUGCACCAUCUGCUGGACAUAAAAAGUGUAUUUUUGUCUCCAUGCAGAGAUUGUUGGAUAGCUCCAUCUACUGGACAAUAUUUAGACCCAGGGCCAUGACCAGACAGACACCAAUAUUCAGAUAAGGUGUUUCUGCUCAAAUGUGCAAUGGCAUAAACCUAUUGUUUGUUGUUAAUUAUACAGUCAAGUUGAUUUUUUUUAAAAGGAUUGCAUGAUUUACCUCUAGAUAUUUUGUUGUAUACACCUAAUGUAACAAUAAAUAGGAUUGUCACAUUAUUUGCAGUAGGUCAAGUCUACCAUUCAGAGGUUUGAGGUUUUUGAAAGAUAUAAGUACUUGCAUUCAAUUGGUAAAAAAUGACAGUAAAUUGUAUAAAAUAUUUCAAAUAAAUUCUGUUCUUUUCAACUUUGUUUAUCAGAGAAUCCUGGAAAAAAUGUUAUGGUUUGCACAAAAUAUUAAGCAGUGCACUAUUACUGUUUAUUUUUAUUGACUGAUUGAUUGAGCAAAUAAAUGCAGCUUUCAUGACCAUAAAAAACAUUUGUCUAAAACAAUUAAGGUAACACUUUAUUUUUCAAUAGUUUUUUAGACAUUCUGCUUACUGUAACUUUGCAACUACUUGUCGAUUACCAGUCAUUAUUAGUAGACUGUCUGCUUAAUAUCUGCUAACACAUUAUUUAUUGUUCCCACAACAUUCUACUGACUAUAAGUACCUUUUUUUUCAAGUUCAUGUCAACAUGCGAGUUAGUUGACAUUUAGUUGCAAUUAUUUAUAGCUAGUUGAAUAUCAAUUUUAAUGUCAAAUUGCCAAAUGUCAAAAUCUUAGUGACCCCAAAUGUUUAAACAGUAGCGUAUGUACUGAAAUCAAAGUAUUGGACGUUAUUACAAAGUUAUGGGACCCAAGCGUGAUAUGAUAGGAAGGCUAUACUUAAAACAGCAGGGAAACAGUUCAGGGGUCUUGAAUGUCCUUUUGCACAAAUUGCUUCCAGCUUCCUUCAUCUGACAUUUUUAGAAAUAAAAAGUGUUAAUAUUUAUGAAUUAAUAAUUUUGUGCAAAAUAUAGAUAGACACUAUGAUCCAAAAGUAGUUGGACACAUAAGCCAUAUACUUAAAAAAAUUACAGUUGUCAUUGCAGUAGAUAACAGUAUGUCAAACCAAGUGGCAUCAACCAAAAUACAUUCUGAACAGCAUACUUCAUAUCAAACCUAUUAAACUCUGUUUUAUGAUUUGUCUGUAAAAUAAAUCCCACCUUCUUUGAUAUUUAUCAGAUGAAAUGACAUUCAUAUAUUGUUGCAUGUGUGAUUUAAAUAUCUAAAUAUUUCAUGAGCAUGAGGCCACUGUAAAUAAUAUGGGUAAAUAGCAAUGUUUGUAGACAGAUGCAUUUUUUUCUGUGUAUGUAUAUGUACUGUAGCACUAUUACAAAAUAAAUGUUAGUAUUUUUUUAGCAAGACUGUUAAAAUGAUAGUUCAGGCAAAAAUGAAAUUUUUGCCAUCAAAAUACUGGACUUUAUGUCAUGUCAAACCUGUAUGAUGUUCCUCUUUCUGUGGAACAAAAAAAGGUCAAACAGGUUUGGAACAACAACAAUGGUGAAUAAAUAAUAAAACAAACGAGGAAUUAGAAUUUUUGCCUCAACUGUCCCUUUAAAAUAAAUGUGUAUAUGUGUCAGGUUACAGUUACAUAAUCAAACAGACACAUGAUGUAAGGUCUGCACAUUCAACUGGGCCAUUAGGGUAAUUGCAUAUAGACUAGAUGCUAACCUGGUUUGAGUCUAGUGCCGGCACAACUUCCUGUUCAUGAUAGUGGCUUCCUUGCAGAGUCAGAUCAGUGAUAAGCCCUUGAGCGCUAAUAUGCCAAACACACUGUUUAGAGGCUAAUCCCUAUUAAGUGACGUGUGACUUUUUACAUUCUCCUCACACCUUUAACCUCCCACGGCGAUUUUCUUUUCACCUACACCUAACUAUCCUUUUCUAACAGUUUUG